AUGUUAACCGUUUGGAUCGAGACGGACUCCCUCGACGGGGAUGUAUCCCAGCUGGUAACCGCAACGAAAAAGAUCAGCGUCAAACGGUGUUGCAAGAACUCACUCAGCUCCGGCUACUCGAGCCACUCGCCCCCGCUAUCUGCCACCAUUGGUACCUCGGCCAAGGCCCUCGCACCGAUACGCGAGGGUGAGAUAAUACCGAGGCCCAUUUGGCCGAUGUCACCGAGUGAUGACUCGUCCGUCGAGAACUCCUCCCCGGACACGGCUUCGAGCGAUGAUGCUGGACGCGAGGGUAAUAAUCGCAGACAAGAGAGUCUGUACGGCUCGGCCGGCUACCGCAGCAGCUGCGAAGCGAGCAGCAGCGACUACGGAGGCGCGUCCAACAGCAGUGGCGCCCUGUCGGCCCGCGACGUCCUCCUGGAGCUGUCCCGGACCCUAAGCUCGGUGCUCGAGGGUGACUGUCCCAAGAGCGACGAGGAGAUACUCAGGGACAUCACGCGGACCGUGGCAGUGGCCCAAGUCGUGGGUGCGGCCGGUGUCGGUGGGGCCGAUGCCGAAGGCGACGAUGGCGGCAGAAGGGCCUCCCCGUCGAUCUACGAGGAGAUAUACAGGAACAAUGCGGGAUCACUGGCCAGUAGCGCCAGGGAGUCGAGCUCGACUGCUGGGAUGAACCCCAUCAAUUCGAGACUCUAUGGGCAUAGAUGCUACUGCGAAAGGAGCGUUUUAUGCCAGAGUCGCCCGGGCUCGGUCCAACCGUCCCCAAAAUCGGCCGAUCGCAAGGCCCAAUGCCCACCGAGCGUCUAUCUUCUCCGGGGCGCAGAAAACAGCUUCGUCACGUGCAAUUGCAAGGGCUACGACAACGGCCCCCAGCAGGACCGAUCCCCCGGAAAGAAGGGCCCUUGCAAACAGUCGAGAAACAAUCAAAACGACGGGCGUCCCGACAAAGAUGCGAGGUUCAAUUACCCCUCGAUCGCCGAGCAUGAAUAUACCACGCUCCAGUGCAGCGACGAGUACUCAUCGUCGUCGGCAACGAGCAACCACGACGGCUCGAAAAGCAACACCUGGAACAAGGACUUCCGCGGCUUCGACAAGAACCUCGACUUCACCCUCGACGCCCUCCACGCCGAGCGCCUCGGCCGCGCCAUCGCCCGCGCCAAGCGACGCAGACGCUGGUGCUGCGUCUUCGUUAUCGUCUUCGGCCUCGUCUUCUUCGUCCUCGUCGUCAUCGUCGUGUCCCUGGCUGUCACCAAAGGCCGCAAAGUCUUCGGUAGUAUGUGA